AUGGCGAUAAUACCACGAUUGCUAUUUUACUCGGUCUCUGUAACGUUCAAGGAGUUUGAAGACGCAGAAGGGUCCAAGCACCCUGCUGUCAUCAAUAGCAGCAUCCUUACUUGGGUCCCCUGGUCUGAUCUUCUGCCAACUUCCACUGUGGCAAUGCUCGAUACUUCGGCCCUCUGGUUGCAGGCAGACCAACUGAUCGUGGUGAUGGCAAAUGCAGAGAUGGGCCGGGAUGAGCGGGCUGAGAAGGUUUUUUUGACGUUACCACUUCAAGUAGCAGGCCUCACACGAUACGAAAUACAUGGGUGGCAAGAAUCAAGCGAAGUGACUCGAGUGCAUGGUCUACAAUGA